UGUUGUUGGUUUCUUUUUUUUUUUUUUUCCUCUUUUCUUUGCAGGAACGCGUGCCUAGACAAGGCCAACACCACCACGACAACCUCCUCCAAUCAUCAUUUCCUGGAGUCAAAUCCCAACACCCAAUCAUCCCCCAAGCCUUUCCUCUAAUCACAAGGCGUCCUUUUCUUUCUCUCUCAGAAACGGUAACUUCUAAGGAAAAACGGGUUUAUCCCUAUCCAGUAUCCACCACAAGGGAAUGGCAGCAGAGAACGAUGUUGACUUGUCAACUUUGAAGUCUCAGUUAAGCCAAACACAUGAAGUGUGGAAGCAGGAGAUGGAACGAAGCCAGUCCCAAGUGGAUGUCCUGCAAGAAAAACUAUUGGAGGUUAAGGCUUGUAUGCAGGGAUCUGAUGAAGAUGCCAAGCAGGAGUUAGAGGUUCUUUGGCGGAGAGUUAAAACUACUGCAACAUUGUUAAGCUACUUGAAAUCAAAGGCUCAAAUCAUGGCUAUUCCUCAUUUAGCCCAUACAUCAUGUGGCAUCAAACAAUUAGAAGGGGUAGGGUUCGUUGACAAAAAAGGUACACCAUUGUCUGGUUGGUCAAGGAAUAUUGAUCUUUCCUCAUUUGAUGGUCCAGAUGAAGAAACUUGGCUUGGAAUUAGUAGGCAACAUGUUUCACAGGAUGAACAAGAUGCAGCUUAUACUGGUGAACUACUCAAGUCUGUGCAGAUAGUCACAGAUGUAAUGGAAGCUCUUGUUAAAAGGGUCAUAUUGGCAGAAUCUGAAACUGCAAUUGAGAAGGAGAAGGUAACUGUAGGUCAGGAAGAAAUUCAAAAGAAGUCGACCCAAAUUGAAAACAUGUCAUUGAAGUUAGAGGAGAUGGAACGUUUUGCUCUGGGUACAAACUGCAUACUGAAUGAAAUGCGACAGAGAGUUGAGGAUUUGGUUGAUGAAACAUCUAGGCAAAGACAGCGAGCUGCAGAAAACGAACUGGAGCUUUGUCGUGUGAAGCGGGACUUUGAGUCUCUGAAAUCCUAUGUUAGCAGUCUCAUCACUGUAAGAGAAACACUUCUUUCAUCGGAGAAGCAGUUUCAAACUAUCGAGAGGCUGUUUGAACGCAGGCUAGUUGCAAAGACGACACAGUUAGAGGGUGAGAAGACGCAGAAAGAGGUUGAAGUUCAGAAACUUAUGGAAGAGAAUGUGAGGUUGAGUGCUCUUCUUGACAAGAAAGAGGCCCAACUUUUGGCCAUGAAUGAACAGUGCAAGGUAAUGGCCUUGAGUGCUUCAAAUAUCUAAUUUGGUAAGGCUAAUCUUGUUCGCCCUCGGCUUGCUCGCAAGGUGGUUGCUUCCAUCCCUACAUGCUGAAUCCCCCAGAGAGGACUGUUGGGUAUCAGCAGAAGAGCUGGAUCAGAGCUUUGUAUGGAAUCCAUCCUUCGAUUUGUAACAUAGUGACAAGCCCUGCGAGAACUCAUUAUCCAGUGCUCUAGUUCUCUUAUUUGGUGCUGUGCUGCACUGUUGUUGAAUUGAACCAGAAUGUGAUUUCUCUUGGAAAGAAAACUUGGUGUUGUGUUC